UUCAAGGCCAUAUCAGUCGCAUUCGAUCUCAACACAACCACAGUUGUCGCACAACAAUUUCAAUGCGAUAACACCCUUCUACUUUAAUCAAACUGUCCAUCCCUCUUCAAAAUGCCACCAAAAGGUGCUCGAGCACCACGAGGCGGACGAGGUGGACGAGGUCGCAGAGCAGCAGCAGCUCAACCUCCCACCGUUCCCGAAGUUCAAGAUAACACUCCUCCAGCCGUCUCAGCAACUAUCACAAACGAACCUGAAUCCCAUCCAGCACCGAAUGAUACCCCUCCAGCCCCUUCAACACCCCUCGAGGGUCCGUCGCAGAAUCAACCGAAUAAUGACUCCUCGGAACAUUCACCAAAUUCUUCACCUGCCCCCAUACCGACCGAAACACCAGCUCCUACACCCGUUCGCGCACCAGUUGAGGCGAGAGAAAAUUUUGCGCCGCCACCUGCGCCUGUGCUUCGGGGUACGAGGGGGAAGGGUCUAUUAACUACCGUUGGUAGAGGUGGAAAGAAACCGGUUGUGGAGAGUAAAUUCAAGCCCAAGGCUAUUCGAAGAGAUCAAGGGGAGCGAGAAAGAUUAGCGGCCGAGGAGAUUCAACGAGCUGACGAGGAGAGAAAAAGGCUGCAGGUUGAGCUGGACAGAAAGGCUAGAGCUUUUAGAGGUAGAGGUAGAGGUGGUAGGGGACGUGGUGAUAUUAUGGGGAGAUCAUUUGCGAGGGGACAUAAUGGGGCGAGUAGUUUGUUUGGAAUUGUGCCGGAGGGUUUGAGUACGUUUAUAUUUUCACUUGUGUGCGGAUUUUUCUGAACUAAUUGGAUUUACAGCUCACAAAACGCAAACAAUUCUUACAUCUGGAUCGUCUGGUGGCGGCGGUGGAGGAGGAGGUGGAGGGGGUGGCAUUGGCCAUAGUUCUGGCUCUGAUCCUAGUGGAUCAGGAGGUAGUAAUGGAUAUUUCAGUCGCUCUGAAGGAGGAAAAAUGAUGGAAUUUCCCGAGUAUCCGGAUAUGGAUCUUGGAACAAGAGUUGAUAUUGCUAAGCUCAAUGAGUCUGCUCUCAACAACGACGAUGGAGUGAUCUACUUGGGUACCAGGAAAAAGACACAUAGACCUAUUCGAUUGAACAGAACCGAGCAUGUGGAUCGAAAUGCUGACAAGAUCAAGAGAGAGCCAGAGGAGGACGUUGAGCCAAAGAAGGAGGGCGAGGAAGUCGCUAAAGGCAAUGGAAGAACUGAAGUGGCCGAGGGAGUUGAGGCGAUGGAUAUUGACGAACAGACACCACAAUCUGCAACACCACAAUCUGCAACACCUCAAGAUGGAACGCCACAAUUCGAAAUCACAGGGGAAUACGUACGCGUCAAGACCGAGCCAGCAGAAGACGAACCCGUCAUUCCUCCAGGAGGUCAACAAGCACCCCCAAGAAUCAACAAAAAGGACAAAAAAAUAGAAGAAGAACCCACUGCCGAGACUGAAGAAGAAGUUGAAGAAAAACGCCGCCACGCAGAAGACGUUGCUGUCCUCGCAGCAGAACUUCAAGAUAUGCAAGCACUGGUCCCAGAUGAAGCCUCUACACAUCGUGCAAUGGACGACAGUGGAAAUCCCAUGGAAGGAUUACAAACAGAGGGUCAAACACACACCAAAGGUGAAGGUCGAAUCUAUCUCUUCCAAUUCCCACCCAUCAUCCCUAAACUCUACAAUCCCCUCACCGAGAAAAAACCCGAUCACCCUCACGCCGCUAAACACCCGAAAGAUGCCAAACUCGCCAAAGACGGUGUAGAAAUCACAGGCACCAGUACAAAAGUCGACCUCACGGCUCCCAAACACCCAGUCAAAAUCGAGGGUCAGCAGGAAAUCGUCAUCAAAGAUGAAGAGCUGGUUGAGGAACCGACGGAGGAGGCGGUUGAUAAAGAGGGUUGGAUUGGGAAGAUGGUUGUUAGAGCGAGUGGAAGGGUCGAGUUGUGCUGGGGUGGUACGGAUAUGCUUGUGAGUAAGGGUAUGGCGGGGGAGUUUCUGACCACUGGUUGUGUGGUGGAGAGUAGGAAGGAUCCGAAUGACGCGGAAGGCAAGAAGUAUCUUGAAGGGAAGGUGGCGGCUAUGGGUAAGGUGAUGGGGAAGAUGGUAGUUGUUCCGGAUUGGGAGAAGGUUGAUUGA